AUGGGAGCCGACGCCUCACUUCCGAUGGAGAUGUGCAGCAACUUCGAUGCCUACGAGUUGCGUCGUCUCACCCGUCGCUUCAAGAAACUUGACGUCGACGGAUCGGGAUCGUUGUCCGUUGAGGAGUUCAUGUCGUUGCCUGAGUUGCAACAGAACCCAUUGGUUCAAAGAGUCAUCGAUAUUUUCGAUGAGGAUGGUAACGGAGAAGUCGACUUCCGAGAGUUCAUCCAAGGAAUCUCGCAGUUCAGUGUGAAAGGUGACAAGAACACGAAGCUCAAGUUCGCUUUCCGCAUCUAUGACAUGGAUCGUGAUGGAUUCAUCUCAAACGGAGAGCUCUUCCAGGUGCUCAAAAUGAUGGUAGGAAACAACUUGAAGGACUCGCAACUCCAGCAAAUCGUCGACAAAACGAUUCUCUUCCACGACAAGGACGGAGAUGGCAAGAUCUCGUUCCAGGAGUUCUGUGAUGUUGUUGAGCACACCGAAGUGCACAAGAAGAUGGUCCUCGAGAACAUCUAA